AUGUCUGAAUCUGAUGGGUUUCACACAUCUACCAAUCUCUUGGAGCAACCUGUAGAAACGGUCGUGACACCUACAAGGCACAGUAUCUACUAUUUUGAAUUAGUGAUAUUUCGUGUUCAAGAUGUCCUAUUCAAAGUUCCAAAACACGGAUUUAUGAUCGAUGGAACAAUUUUCCCAGAUAUGUUUUCUCUUCCAGUCUCAGGAGGAGCUAUGCCACAAGGCUCUUGCGACGAAAACCCCAUUAUGCUUCCCGUGGAUAUAUCCCAAACCGAUUUCCAUGGAUUCUUGCUUCUCCUAUACCCGUACUUUGACCGCGAACGCGAAACUGGCGUCGCGACAUAUGAGGAACUCGUGGGUGCCCUUAAACUCGCAACGAUGUGGGAAUUCGACGAGGUUAGAAAGAAAGCUAUUUUCAGACUUUCCCCGAUUUUGACAGAAAGACCAACCGUCGAACAAAUUUUAUUGGCGAAGGAAUACGACGUCAAAAGCUGGCUUCGAGACGGUUACCUAACGUUGAUACGCAAAAGUGAUCUGUCCAUCCAGCAGCUCUGUGACCCAUUUCAGCUUGACUGGAAAACCAUUGCUAGAGUAUUUGCUAUACAGUCGUACUCACGUCACAGUACCUGGCGACAAACAAUAUUCCUUGAGGACGAGUUUCAAUACCCAAGCUCAAAACAGGUGGAGGAAUAUCUUGACACCGUAUUUGAAGAUGAGUUUAAAGUAAUGAGGGUGGAUGUCCUGGAGUAA